GUGGAGGACUGGGUCUGAAUUAUGUCGGCCAUCUUGUUGCAGUAUUGGAAAGCACGUGGAGAUUAGUGGGAACCCUGUUCCUGCACUUGAAGAAAGUACAACGAGUUUACCUCAAGUACAACCUGCUAACUUCGUUGCCUCAAGAAAUCUCAAGACUCUCUAGUUUGAAGGAAUUAUACCUCCAUUCAAACAAUCUAACACAUCUUCCACAAGAGAUUGGUCAUAUCAAAUGCCUAGAAUCAUUAAAUGUGUCACACAACUUCCUCCAAAACCUACCCCCUACAAUUGGACAGCUCCAACACUUACAGUACCUGCACAUCGCAAACAAUCAACUGCAUUCACUCCCAAGAGAAGUCGGACACCUUAAGCAGCUGCAAGUUCUAGACAUCAUGAAUAACAAUCUUCACCAGUUACCAUGGCAACUCAGUGACUGUGUCAGACUGGAGACACUGCUGUUUGAUGGGAAUUUAGUUGAGUGGUUGCCACAGCAACUGACUGACCUUAAAGGUUUAAAAGAACUUUCUGGAAGCCGGAACAGAUUAUUGUCAUUGCCACAAGAUAUCGAUAAGCUUGUUUCUUUGGAGAGCCUCUUACUGGACUCAAAUCCUGGUCUUUUCUUCCUUCCUGGAAAUCUGUUACGCCUUAAACACCUGCAUACUGUUGGUUUAAAUGGGUGUAACCAGAGGCCUAGCUAUGAAGAUGGAGGAAAUCCUUACCCUUCUAGAGGGAUUCGUUUUGUUGGCAGUGAAGAACAUUGUGUUCUUCCUCUACUGGAGUUGUCAGCAAGAGUCGUUCACACUGACCAGACUCUCCCUGCCUACAGCCUUCCCAGCAGUCUCUCUGACCUGGUCAAGUACCCAACAGCCCAUUGCUACUGGUGUGGUGAGGCAUUAUUUACUUGUGCCUUCCUACUCUCGGCACAUGCCGAGUCUGCUGCCGCCAUUGUAAGAUGCACAGACUCUUGGGAGCCCGUCAGGGUUUGUAGCAAAGUCUCAAUGGAAUUUGUCUUUUUAACAUGUUCUUUGAAGUGUUCAAGGACAGUGAAACAGAAUCUUUGAUGUAUACAGUAUUCCAGGUCACAGUGCUUCAAAUCUAUAUCAGCACAAGCUUUCUUACCAGUAGCUUUCAUUUACCUGGCUUUCCCCACAGCCACUUAGGACAGCUGUGCAGUAGACUACCAUUUCCUUGUUAUACAAGGAAAAACUGGCAUGCCAAUAACUAAGGGAAUGUGCAAAGCCACUGGUACCAGGGUAACAAUUUGGACAAAUUGUGAAGGUGAUUCUGUUAAUGGUUUAUUUUCCCAUCUCGGAUUUUAACCUUCAAACCAAAACAUGGUCUACUUAUGUUUUAUUUUGCAUAUUGCAUUGGGUAUUACAUUUUUAUACUAACAUUCCUUUACUUUACAAAAAUAAAUACUGAAGAUCAUCUUAUGACUGUGUUUAAAUAUGUAGCACUAAAUUAAUAGAUUUACAUUAUGUAUUGUUUGGAUGAGAAGUAUACGUACUGUGUGAUACUAUUUAGCUAUUGUUUUACACAAAUUCUAUGCAUUUUCCAAUGUCCAUGUUGAAUUUCCAAGUUGAAUUGAUUAUCAUAAAACAUUUUAUACUUUCACUAGCCCAUCAAGACAAUCUUGGUAAGAAGACAACUAAGCCGAUAAAAAUAUAUUCUAUGGAUAAAAUAUUAUAUGUAGCUACCAUACAAGCUUCAAAUUAACUUGCUGAGCAGGAUCUAGUGCGGUUCCAGAGCCUCAUUGGCACUGAGCUCUGCUGGCCACUAAAUAGAACCAGGGUACUUAGGAUCUAGCCUGCUCACAAGUGCUUGUUUAUGUCUGGCACACACAGUGAGAGAAAUUUCAUGCAAGUACUUUGUUCACUGCAUCCAGAUGCCAAAAACUCACAGUAUACAGAUGAUGAUCAAACAAAAUUAAAUCUUGCAAGCAACUGAGGCAAAAAAAUUUCCCUUGAACUGUGUCUUUCUGGCCUCGAAGAGGCACUAAGCAAAGAGCAUGAAUGAAAUUUUCCUCACCAUGUGCCAAGCUUGUGUGUGUUGAUCUAAUUCUGUGAAGAAAGAAUAAAAACGAAAAGUAAAUACCUUA